UCUAGUUCAAUGUCAGCUCGACUGUAGUAUGUCAUAAAAAUUUUGCGUUGUAAAAUAUCAUGGAAAAAUCUGAUAAGAGAAAGUUUUGUCCAUGUUUCACAUGUCGAUGUACAAAAUUCGUGCCUGUUACAACACCCAGAUAUAAUAAAGCUGGUGUCGUCAAAAAUAUUUGGAUGAGCGAUUUGAAAAUAUAUAAUGAGCACAGGAAAAGGUGCUUUUAUGCACGACCAAAAAUAGAUACGAAACCACCACUCUUGGAUCUGGGCACGAAAAUCAAACCCCUCCUUCUAUACAACGAUGCUUAUUGCGCUGCACAUUUAGACCAACAAAAUAAGCAGCUUAUGAAGCGUUUAAUAGAAAUAGAAAGACUUGGGGGACUUACUGAUUGUGUAAACAGUCAAAUAAACUUUCAUAUGUCCAAUUGGAAUUAUCAUAAAGCGAAUAUGCAUAGGAUACAGAAAGAAAAUAAGGAAUUCCACCGGAGAAUUGCAGCGGUCACAUCACUUUAUAAAUAUAACCCGAAGGAAUGGAAACAUUUCGUGCAAGCCUUAAAAAAAGACGCACAUUAUCCAUUAAUAGUUUUCGCGAAGAAGGAUUUGGACAAGGAAAUUAAAACCCAGCCCUCUAUCAGCACUGGAUUACCUACAAUUUCAAAUCAUGUUGAGUGUUUCAUUGAUUUCACUGUAGAGAAUGGAGAAUAUCUUGGUAGGAUUAUUCUCGAGCUAUACCAAGAGAUAGCUCCUCUACAAUGUCAGAACUUCCUUGAUUUUUGUGAGAGUUACAGUGAACAAACUACUAAGAAUAAUAUCAUAAUACAAAGAAUUGUCAAAGAUCGAUAUCUGGAAAGCUGUUUCAUAACGAAUAAUCGAGCUGACAUCAUGCAUCGGAAACGAAAUAAAAAAUCUCCCGUUGUUCAUCAGGUCCACAAAUUGAAACAUACCAGGACAGGCACUAUAUCGAUGAUCAAAGACGAGAAACGAAUGAAUAAUCUGAAAAUAUGUAUAACACUUUGUCCAAUGCCUCAGUUAGACAGGACAAAUGUAGUUUUCGGAAAAGUUACGAAAGGUAUCGGUGUGCUGAUGAAAAUUAAUGGUUACAGUCGUAAAAUCGGUAAACCCUUAGAAACAAUAUCUAUAUCCGAUUGUGGAAAAAUGCCCGAAUGUAUUUGUCACAAAAAGAUGGUUGAAUGCAAACCUUACUGAUCACCUGUGUUAAAAUAAAUAUUUAUUAAUA